CAGCUGGGACCAGUGUGGACCUCUGAGCUCGACACCAUGGGGCAGGAGGGGAGCCACACCGAGGGCAUGGACCUGGCAGAGAUCCAGGACCUGUGCAUCGUCUACAUGAGGGAGUGUCCGAGCGGAGCCCUGCACCUGCACGAGCUGAAGAGGAUCUUCGGAGUUCCCAGCAGCUCUGCAGAGGAGUCCCUCUACAUCGAGACGGUGUUUCACUCCUUUGACACAAACAAGGACAACACGCUCGACUUCAUGGAGUACGUGGCAGCUCUUCAUUUGAUCUUCAGGGGAAACCUGGAGGACCGACUCAAGUGGUCUUUCAAGAUGUACGACAAGGACGGAAACGGCAAGCUGGACCGACAGGAGGUGAAACACAUCAUCCGGAUUAUUUACAAAAUCAAGCUGCAGACGAGUGACGUCAGUUUGUCUCCGUCUGAGAUCUGUGACAGGAUCUUUGAUCUGGUCGACCAGAACCAUGACGGUCAGAUCACGCUGUCGGAGUUCAUGGAGGGAGCUCAGAAAGACGAGUGGGUCAUGAACUUGCUGAAGCUGGAUGUCAACGCCACCGGCUGGGUCAUCCAGAACCGUGAGAGAGUCCCGUGACCCUGAGGCGUGGUGGGCUCACCGCCCACGUGUUCCUGGUUUGAGCCCGACUCUGAGGCUUUGUGGUCAGACCGCAGGGUUGAAAUGACAGUUUGCUGUGAGCUUCCUGUGACUCUGAGCUGGAGGGCAGUGCAGCUGCAGAUCUGUCGGGAUUCAAACGUUUGGUGCGAAGGUUCGAGGUCGUGGCUGCACACCUGGAGUGUCUGCACAGAGGAAACGUCUCCACUGAGAAACAAUACUCAGAGAGUUUCACAAACACACAUCUUAUAUAUUGUUGGAGGAGGCUCAGUGAGAAGCUCCAGCUGAACCAGGGAGAGGGGAUUGGAACAUCUGAGACUAGUUGGACCAUCAACUCUCCCUGGAUUCAAAAGGCAGAGAACAUGGAGAGGAACUCGCUGGAACAUCAGGAGGAGAUCAAACCGCUGCAGAAGGAUCAGACUCUCCAGCUGGAGGAGAAGCAGCAGAGAUGGAGGAACUGAAACAGCAGCGGGUGGAGAAACAGAGGGAAGAACAGAGCAUCACCGUCUGAAAACUGCCGUCCAGCUUUCAGCUCAGUCUGUCCUUCAUGACUUUCCAUGUGUCUCUGUGUCCAUGUCUCUCCUCUGGCAGCUGCUGCCUUUAGAAUCCAGGGAGACUUGAUUGUCCACCUAGUGUCAGAUGUUCCAAUCCCCUCCCCCUGGUUCAGCUGGAGCUUCUCACUGAGCCUCCUCCACAUAUGUGAUAUACUUAUACACACAGUAUUCAUUAAUAUUGCAUCUUUUUACUUUUAGAAAUUAGAU